ACUAUCAUUGGUCGUCAAGACCAUGUGAUGCCUCGAGAUGCCUGUUUACGGCUUUUUGGAUCGACAGAUUGUGGAAAGGUGGAAAGAGGUCUGUUGCGCCUUCAGAGGACGGGGUUAACGACGUUUACUUUUUCAAUCCAACCAGUUCCUCACAGUAUAACGAUAUACAGUAACUGAAUAAAAUCAUGAUAAUUCCUUGAAAUAUACUAGGGUUUCAGCAUUAUUCGUAGAGAAAUAGGUGAGAAAGAAAUCAUAAGGCUUAUGAAGAUUGGGCUCCCUCAGGUUAUAAAAUAAAAAGUAUUAAAUGACAUUGAUAAAUCUAAGUAAAUAUAAAUACAUAUAAAUGUAUAACAACAUAAGGUAAAGUAUCAAACAUGUAACCUAAAUAAUGAGACACUGUGAAGAAAAAAUAACUAUUUACAAGGUUUAUAAUUUAUAAUUCUCACAGAAGUGUUUACGAAGAUUUGUUUUGAAUGAGGAGAGACAAGCAGAACUUUGAUCUCAUUUCCUAAAGAGCUGAAAAAAUUGGUCCUUGGAAACUCACAGAAAAUUUACGAAGAUUAGCUGUACAGAAACGAAGGUGAAUAUCAUUCGCGUAUUUAGUGUCAUAGCUAUCAUUAGACUUCUCCCGGCGAGAGUCUUCUUUGUGAAAAGAGAAGUAAUCUUUGAACCUUAAUGGAAGAAGAGAAUGGCCAUGGUAAGAGAAAACAUAAGAUUGUCUAAUGUCGGAAAGGUUUUAUUAAUAGCUCCAAUUCUUUGAAAAUAGGGUCUUGAUGAGCAUCGAUAGUCCCUAGAAACAAUUCUAACCCUGAACUCGCUUUUGCAAAGAGACAAGACGACAAGGAUUUGUUUUGUAGGUAGAUACCCAGACAAUAAUACAAUAAUGGAAAAAGGGGUAAACUAAACAAUAAUAAAGAGUUUGUUAAAACAGGGGUUGGGUAGAAAAAGACCUGCUCUAUAACUGACUGCUACUGAUUUAGAGGUUUCAUAGCAAAUUGAGGAAUGCGGAGGUUUACAAGACAGAUGUUCACCAAGGACUACUCCGAAAAUGAUCGUUUCCUUCACUUGUUCGAUUCUAAAUUGAUCAUGAACACACAAAAGCAGCUUAAAAAAUGCUUUUCCGCUGAACGCAUGGUAAAACGUUAUAUAUAAAUUUACUAGAACACUCAUACGUUAGGAUUUCACUCAAAAGUGCUGUUAAUUUUCCAAGCUACAACAAUCUUUUUCUUCGGUUACGUAACUAUAAAUCCCUGGUUCAAAUCGAAGGCUGCAAAUCUUCAGACACUCACAGGUCAAAGUUUCACUCACUUGCAGUUACGCAACUGCUUUAGUCAGUAAUAUCCGUAGAUAACAUACAGGCUUAGGUUUUCUGUCACGUGCAGGUGAAUUUCACUCACGUGCGGUUGGUACACCAAGUUGCAACGCGCCUUUUUUUGGAGGGUGGGUUGCGUAACCAAACCCUGGAUUAAAGGUUGCAAAUCUUAGAAGUCCUAUGAGAUGUAGAACCAGGGGAUGGUUAGCUAAGCUUUCAAGAGCAUUGCAGCUUGCUAUGUAAGUGCACGUGAGUGAAAUUAAACUGCACGUGAGCUAAACUUUAACCUAUGAGUUAUCCAGGCUUCGGACCAUCUUACGACUCUUUCGACGAUUUGCAGCAUACCGUAAGAGGCAGGGAAUUAAUAGUUACGUAACCGAGGGAAACGUCCCGCUUCGCUCACCAAUCGAAAUUGAAAGGCUAUAGUCUGAUCCAUAGGUAGUUCACAAGUUAAAGUUUCUCUCACAUGUUAUUUAUAUACCAAGUAACAAGACGAUUUCGGUUUCGGUUUCGCAAACAUUCCAAGGCUGCAAAUCUCCAGAAGGUUCUGAUUCCUAGAUCGGUUACGGGCGCGGGUUAAAGUUGAGUCUUGCACGUGCUGAUAAAUUUGACUUGCGGUUUUCCUAUUUCAAGCGUUUUUGGACUGCUGUUUUUUCUUACACAAGCGGUAUCUUAGGAAUUAUCCCAGGGGUAUCGCAGUUAGGAUAGUCCAUAAUGUAUACCGGCUUAAUUUUAAGCAUAAUAUUGCGGCAGAAGAAUCAGCAUUAUGCUGAAAUUAUAGUGCAACGUUCCAACCAAUUGCAAUUCUCCGUUGCGUUAAAGAUCGUCGUUGCGAAUCGCUCCGUUUAACAACACCUUAAGCACCGACUGCAGCAAACUGUCCGCGAAAGUUAAGCUCAUUCAAGUUUCUUGAUCAAGAAACAGUUUCUUGAUCAAGUCGAAAGUUUUACCCCUUCCAUUUUAUUCGCCUUUACUCUUUGUCACUUGUCGAGAUAAUGUAAGUAUUUUUUUUGUUGUUGUUGCUUGUUUUUUUCCCUUUUGUUUUGUUUUGUGUUUUUUUUAAAUUCGGAAAACGAGGUUUUAAUCCAGCAUUGAAAAGUGUAGAUUGAAAUGUCAGGAUGUGCUUGGUUUGUAAGCUAUGUUUACUUAGCCUGCACGCAGCCGAACCCUUUUGGCUAUGUUGCUCCC